GUCCGGAUGCUAAAAGCUUAAGUUCGGGCCUAGGUUCUUGGAGCACGAUGGCCGCUAAAGCUCCCCUCUACGUGCCCGACAAGAUCUUCAACUGGUCGGAACCUGAGGUUAGGAAGCAUGCGACGGGGGACUAUCCUAUCCAACUUCGCCCUGCUAUAUUCCCGUUCGCGCUGCCUACCGUAUUCGAUGCGCAAGCGCAGCAAGGUCGAAUGUUGCCGCAUACCCUCCUGCGCGCGAAGCCUCUCGUACCGAGCCCUCUCCGAAGUGAUCCGUCUAUAACGAAGCCUGCGCCUGCUGUAGAAGCACUUGGCGAUGUCGAACUGAUGCCUGAGCGGGCUCUGGAUAUCAGGCACUCAAACACCUUCAUUGAUCAUCUGAUACGAUAUGCAUAUGCAGAGCAACAGCACACCGUGGAGCUUGGCUCCGUAACCUAUCCGACGCAGACAAUGCGUUCCUCCUGGUCCGCGGAUCGCACUGUCCACUUUGCCACUCUUCCCUCUGCAAAUGCACAGGCCGCUGCGCUCGACGAAUUAGCGGCUGAGUAUAUCACCCAGGUACAUCGUAGUCCUGCUGUGGUGAACUGUGAGGCAGCAGUUCAACGGGAGGUCCACCGUCAACUUCUAUCUGUGACCAACGCCCGCAUGAAGGUGCGCAGCAUCAAUCCGGGAUAGAUCUUC